CAUUUCAUCACCAGAACUUAAAAAUAAACAGAAUCCACAAAUAUUUCAAAGUUGUGACAAGAGAGGGAAGGAGAAAACUUAGAAAUGAGGGCAAUCACAACUUCGUUUUUCAUUUUCUGUUUCCUUGUUCCCUCUAUUUUGGCGCAGCUCCGACAUAGGUUUUACGAUGCUACAUGCCCUCUCGCUGAAGAAUUCGUGGCUCAAGUUGUUUCCAAACAUAUGGAGUUUAGCGGAAACAUUACUGCAGCAUUGCUUCGCAUGCAGUAUCAAGAUUGUUUUGUCAACGGAUGUGAUGCUUCCCUCUUGAUCGACUCAACAUCCGAAAGGCCAUCAGAGAAAAGCGCGAGACAAAAUGCAAACUUGAGAUUUUUCGAGAUCAUUGAUGAGAUUAAGAAGGUGGUCGAGAGUGCUUGCCCAAAAACAGUCUCAUGCGCAGACAUUUUAGCUCUAGCCACAAGAGAAUCCAUUAGAUACGCUGGUGUUCAAGGCUUCCAAGUACGAACAGGAAGACGCGAUGGAUUAAGAUCAAACCCCAGUGAUGUUAACUUGCCAGGACCAACAUCUUCCAUGCGUUUUGUAAUCAAUGAAUUUAUAGCUAAAGGUAUGACUGUGGAGGACAUGGUUGCACUUAUUGGUGGUGGCCACAGCGUUGGUGUUGCACAUUGUAGUGCUUUUCAGGAUAGGCUUAAGGAUCCUGCAAUGGAUCCCACACUAAAAGCUAAGCUAAACAAAACAUGUAGCGGCCCAAAUGACCCAUCAGUGUACAUGGACCCAAGGACUCCAUCUCAUGUAGACAAUGGAAUCUAUAGCCAGAUAAUAAAUCAAAAAGGAAUCCUUAGAAUUGAUCAAGACAUGGGUCGCAAUGUAAAUACCUUGCUCACUGUUCCUCAAAUAAAAGCUGAAAUGGAAAAAACGUUGCAGUGGCUUGUUCCUGUUGCUACAAACACUACCAAAUCACCAAACCAGAAAACGAUCCAACUCUCCAGCGGUUCACACAACCCAAGUCUGGGUUCUCCGUUGCUGACUACGGAGGAUCAAGAGAUGCUUAGAGACGUAAGCAAGCGGAGAAAGACGCCAGGAAUAAGCAAGAGCCAAGAGUUUGAAACGGUGGCUAAAACACGGCUUUGUAAGCACCACAGGCUAAGCAAAAGCAGUAGCCACUCGCCGAUGAUGGGCGAGAUGAUGAAGAAUAAGAAGGAUACUUUCUCAACCAGAAGACCUUCUUCUGUUCCCAUCAUUGAUUUUGACAUUGAUCGCAUGAAAGCCCUCGAUGUGAUUGAUCGCGUGGACACCAUUCGAAGCUUGUAGUUAACUACUUCCACACCAUCGGAGUUCAGAUUGGGAUAGAUGGUAAAGAGUAAAGACCACACUCACUUAUCAUCAAAAGUUGAUGAUAUGAAUCGGAAUGCGAUUGAUCCCACAGGUGCCAUCGAAACCCUUUAUAGGUGAUGAAAAAUUGGCAGAGCUUAUUAGUAACUUUGUACUCUUUUUGGUUUUUGUGGGUGUAAUUUGGUUUGGUUUUGUAGCAUUUCCUUUGUAUUGUUGUUCUUUUUCUUGUUGUAGACUAGUUGUAUUGUGUACAUACAAGAAACGUUACUACAUAUAUUUGGAGAAUAAAAAUAUAUUAUCUUC